AUGCCGCCGGUGCCCUUCACCUGGGCCCCCUUGCGGGUUGCUGCCGCAGCCGAAGAAGGACACCACCGCCUGCUGCCGCUCUUCUCCACGUCGCAGGACACCACCAUGCUGCAGGCGUCAACGAGUGGUGCCCAAGAGGACGACGACCCGUGCUCGCUGUCACUCGCCAUCAACGCCGCGAGCCUCUCGCCUUCUUCUUCUCCUUAUCGUCCCCGCCGGUUUCCUUCCACCUCCGCGGGAAAUGGAGUCCACUGCUGCCGCCGUGCUCACGCUCUCCUCCGCCUCCUCCGUGGCCGCCGUCUCCUCCCGCCGCCGCUCGCCGCCCGUCUCCGCUCUCCACCUCUCCUCCCCCCGCCUCCGCGCGGCUGCCCUCAGCCCUGCCCUUCCCGCUUCAUCCCUAGGUUGGAGGGGGCGGCGGCGGCGGAGGGGAGCGCGCUGGUGGUGCGGGCGGAGACGUUCGGGCAGCUCACCACGGGGCUCGAGUCCGCCUGGAACAAGCUGCGGGGCGUCGAUGUGCUGACCAAAGACAGCGUCGCGGAGCCGAUGAGGGACAUCAGGAGAGCGCUCCUGGAGGCUUCUGCUUCUUUUAUUUUGAAAUUUUCGGGUUGA